AAAGGCAAUGACGGUGCUGGCGGUCACCGUGCCGCAGGCCCCGUUGGCACAGUCGCGGAUGCCGUAGCCAAAGUUGACGUUCCGGCACAGGCAAGCUGGGGUCCGGGGAAUCGCAGCCCAGAGUCGAGUACUGGGCCAGCAUGUUGCUCAUGCAAAUUUGCUGUAUCCGAGGUCAGUAGGGUGUCUCGAGGGCCAAGGGGUUACGCAAGGGGGUGGUGAGGAGGAUAAGGUACAUACACCGCAGGAAGGAAGUGAUGAGAUGGCCGGCAGUUCUUUGUUUUCGUAUAUCCGUAAUGGGUCGAAGUCGGACGGAUGCGGUACAGCGAGUUAUUUGUAGUAACAAAGAAGCUCCUGUACAUUGUAUAAUUCUCGAUCUGCAGUCAUCAAAUUAUGUUGGCCAGAAUGAGGUCGUGUGGAAGGCGUUGGAGCCAUGCUUGAGAUUGGCGAGUUUAUUUUUAGCCAAUUCCCAUACAAGUCGCUGGUGGGAUACCCUUCUAUUUGGAAGGUAUGAAGAAGUUAUGGAUGGUAUACCAAAUGAAUUCAAAGGACAGCUGCUCAGGUUGAAACCCAACCUAGAUCGUGCGACGCUGGACUACGACCAACAUCAAAAGCAGUUUCAGGAGUUGCUGAAGCACUAUCAGAUCGAGUAUCAUCUCAUAAGUGGUUGGACAAAUGCCAGUACCGGGCUGCCCAAUAAUCCACGAAGGGGCUCAUGGAAGCAUGCGACAACCAAGGAACCUCUAUCUCCCAUGAGCAACCGUAUAGAAGUCUAUAUAUCUUACGAGCUUCUUGAGCCUCUCUUGAGGAGUGAUCUUACUGCGGCAGAAAGAAAGAUUGAUACUUUUCGAUUUAUGGUUACCUUGUUACAUGAAUGCUGUCAUUCUUUUUGGAUUGCAACACAAGAGGAUUUUAAAAAAGACUAUAAGGAGCCGUACUUCGGAGAGGAGUGCUUGUCGGAACUUGGAUUUUCUAUGGAACAUGCUGUUCUUGGAGGGACACCAAUAGCUCUCUCAGAUUUGCCCACUCAAGGCCUUGGCUCUGGUCUGGGAAUUUCUAGUGGGGCAAUCUAUUGGAGUUCUUUCUUCACUAGAGAGAGUGAAGACUACAAAAACCUGCCAGUCCUGUUGCCAGUGCCGGAAGAUUGGGAUUACAAGGACUUCUUCCCUAUACCCAUUGGGUAUUUCGAGGGCCUUUAUCGCCCCGAAUUCUGGAUCCACGUCCAGAAGUAUGGCGCUGAAGCAGCACAUAUGGGACCGAAGGUGCACGGUUCCCGUUGUCGCAUCGAUCCUCAAACCAGAAGGCCACUUAAGGAUCAGUGGACCCUAGAACCUGAUGGGAUUAUAAAAGACGGGGUGACUAUAUCGGAUUCAAUGAGCGAAGACGAGAAAAGGGCUGCUGAAGUUGAGAAUCUUCGACGAAGGCGAGCUGAGCGGAUACACACAGCGCUGCAUCAGUCCGCUGAUGAUCGAAGAAAGGCAGCCGAUUCUCUAAAGGCUAGGGACGGACUUCACAACGAACAGACUGUUGAGAGCGAAGCUCCUUCCAGCCAGACUCCUGGCCACGGACCUUCUACUGCCCGAGACGACGACGACGCCACGACGGAAUAUAGUGAAGAUGUUCCUCCAUCUUGCCGCCGAUUCUGGACCAUUCGCCGCUAUCUCCUCAAGCAUCGUAAUCAGGGCCAACUCUGCCUGGACACGAUGAACUUCGAUAUGCCCGAGCAUACGCUUUUCCAUUACAUCAAUAGGUAUGGUGAUGAUAGUGACCACGAGAGUCUACCUCUUACAUUCGACGAAUGGCGAGAAUUCCUCAAAGAGUGUGCUUCUUCUGACCGCGAGCUAUUAACCUAUAACAACAGCAGCGGCAUCGGCCUAAUCCACUGGACCGCUCCUCCCCCCUCCCCUUCCCCAUCCCCCGCUCCUCCCCUCCCCCCACCCAAUCUCAACAAUCUCAACAACAACACCCUCCCAUCCCCCACCGACAUCCAUGAUUUCCGCACCGCCUGCCUCGUCUCCGAUUGGACCCUUACCUGCUUUCCCGAUUUCGACAUUGACUUCUUGCGGCUGCGCGUCAACUACGAGUUAUGGCGCGCGGAUCAUCCGCGCUGGCGCCCCGUAAACAGGAAGAGGAGACCUUGGGAGGGUGGCAUGUCCAGGAGCUUGGUGUGGCACUUGGUGGAUUGGCAUGAUCGGGAAGGGGGGGAUCUUUGGCGAUGGGGACCGAACGGGCUUGCUAGACGGAGACUCGAUACAUGGCCGCAGGGAGGGAAAUAAAAUAGCCCUUCUUUCAGAUAAAGGAACCAAUCAAAAAAAUAUAGCAAGCAACAUGUGGCAUAGAGAUGAUAUGAUAUAUCACGAAAC